AUGUAAAUUGAAACGCAAUAGCAGUAACAAUUCGUAAAACAAGUACGUUUUCAUCGGAAAGUAAAUUUGCAUUGUUAAGAUCGAGAUAAAUUACCAUUUUUGUGAAUCGAAACAUAGAUGGCCCCUUGAAUCAUUUUUAAAAUUGUUGCCAAAAUUAUCCGACAGAUGUAAGCGAAAUUAAAUAAUUGACCGAUUUAUUGGCCAUGAACAUUCUAUGUGGACUGAUAAGAAAUUGUGAUGGUGUCAAAAUACAUUUGUGGAGCUCAGAAUGAUAAAACAAUGAUUUGUGCUAGCAUGUGGAAACUGGAAUCGACGAGCAUGGAAAUAAAGUUGUUGAAUUCUUGACCAGUAUUUAAAAUGAGUUGAAAUGAAGAAAGUAUAUAACAGUGCUGAUAUUCAUCAAAGUCAGGGCCAAGAGCUCUCAAAAAAAUUAUAUAGAACAAUAAGUGAACAAGCAAAGCGUUUAGACGAUGCAAGAAGUUGUGCCCGCAACAUCGGGGAAUUAUUCUCUCCGAAUUUACUAUUGCAACGGAGAAAAUUUUGUGAUUAUUGCGAACGGUUGAUUUUUUCGGAUCCGACGCUUUAUGGCAAAAAAGGAGAAGAAUUGUUAUGGCGUAAGGGAUUUUAUGAUGUCGUCUCAAAUGCAAAGAGAUUGAGAAAAAAUGAAUACACGCCAGAGGAAAUUUCUAAUUUGCAAACACACAUUAACGGUGGAAUAGGAUAUUACCAUCAUUUACUAUCAAAGCUGCAGACUGAGUUUAUUUUAAAUUUGGGCAAUGUUAUAGACUUUCCACUACAAAUUAAGAAAAGUUCAGAUUCUUCAGACAUACGCCCAGAAAUUCUGGAGUGGGCCCAAUUAGCUGUACAUCAAUGUUUAAUAUACUUGGGAGACUUAAGUAGGUACAAGCUGGAAAUUUAUCCAGACUGGGAGCCUACAUUGGCUAUCAGAUAUUAUUUACAAGCAAUAUCUUAUAAACCAGACUAUGGAAUGCCACAUAAUCAAAUGGGUACUUUGGCAAUGAAUCGAAACCAGUUUUUAGAUGCUGUAUAUCAUUAUAUCAGAUGUCUGGCCUGUAAAGUUUCUUUUGAAGGAACUUCCAAUAAUCUACAUAGUUUAUUUGACAAAAAUUCCAAAUUCAUAGAACAGCUUCCAGAUGAGAAUCAGAACACUGAUGAUUGCAUAAUUGAACCUGGUAAGACUGAGAAUAUAAAGCGCUUUAUAGCGAGAUUUUUACUGUUAAUUGACAUAUGGUAUUUUAAUAAAAAAGUUUCUAAGGUAUACAACUUGUGUCAUCAGACAUAUAAAAAUCUGGAAGAAUGUUUAAGCUAUAUAAAACCCACAAAUAGUGAAAGUGGAGAAACACCUACAGAUGUUGAUUCAGAUGAAACUGACUCUAGCUCUUCACCAUCAUAUCUGAGUAAUGAUAUUUUAUUUAAAAUCGUAGUAAUUUGUUUAUUAUGCAUUUCCAAGUUGAAAUCUGAUAAUCCACCUCAUCUUUCUACCUUGAUUGCUUUCACUUUGGGAAUAUAUUCUCAAAUUAUUCAAAAUGUAACUAAUCACAUCCAAGAAAGUGUUCUAAAUUACCCUCUAAGUGAAGAAAUAAUAAGUGAUCAGAAAACUGGCAUUAUCAAAGAUUUAAUUCUUGGUCCAAGAAAAUCUAAAACCAAACUGAGACGCAGAAAACCUGCCAAAGAUGAUAGUGAAGAUGAAUCUGAACAUAGUGAAAACAUGGAAGACGAUUACAGCAGCUCUGACGACUCCUUCAUUUCUGAUGCCGAGGACGUUUUGGCACCAUCAAGUGAUGAAGAGGGUGAGGUAAUAAAAGAGUUGGAUGAAUCAAAAGGCGAGACGCCAGAGGACUGCGUUACACCAACGGAAAACACCGCCAAAGACGACAAGUCCGAGCAAAUAACGAAAAAAGUUCAGAGGAUGGACGUCAAUGAUAUGCUGGAAAUAAUUGGGGAGGAGACCAACUUGCAGAGCAUUAAGGUUUUGAAUGAUUGGCUGCGGUACCAGCCGGACGUGAUGAAAUCCUGCGCGGCCAAUACCAAGAGACUCUUUCGUCAAAUAACACUUUUGUUGAACCUAAUCAACAUUAAUCUCGCUAAUCCAAAGAUUGCCGGAAUGGGUAUGAAAGUUUCCGAAAUUAUGUCGAGAGAGAGCAAAAUACCGUUGCCGGAGGAUGUGGUGCUUAAAGGAAUAGACGUGUUAAAAGAGGCACACACCCAUCUGGAUUGGAACUUCAUCCAUAACAGAAGCUUCACCGCCAAAGACGAAACUGUAAUUCGGAUAGUCAAGUUAAUUUCAUUUGGAAAAUACCUGAUGAGCUUGGAGGAGUGUUGCGUUUCCUUUGACGAGGAUAAUAACGUCUUUGAAUGCAAUUUCGGCGAAGAAGAGCAAGCUGUUAAAUUACCGUCUGCCAUCACCGACGAAUUGGAACUGGGCGAACAGUUGCUAGGUGGUAAACCGCAGCUUGGUGACGGUGAUGCGAACGGUACAACGUUGGAACCAAAAGGCGGCGGCCAAUUAAACAAGAUGAAGCAUAUGGGACAGUUGUGGCUGGCUGCUGAGGUGCGAGCAUUAGAAAGUCGGGUCCGUGGUAAAACGUCUCUCUCGCCUUAUCUAGUGUUGGACGUAGACGCUCUGAUUAAAUUCACCUUCAUGGUUAAGAAUCUAGUCCACUCGAGGAAGUUCAUCGUUAUAGUACCAACAGCCGUUGUGUCGGCGUUAGAUGACUUGAAGGUGGAGAAAAUCGAAGCCAGAGAUGCCAUCCGAUGGUUGGAGUCCCAAUUUCAGAGAGGCAAUCGAUUUUUCCGUGCUCAGAGGCCACAUGAAAAAGCGGCAAUACCGUUUAUUAAAUAUCCGAAGAAAAAAGAUAAAGAAAUGCAUAUCUACAUACAAAUCAUAGAAUGUUGCAAUUAUUUGGCGGAGCAACAGAAAGACGCCACCAAUUUGGUAACGUUAUUGAUUGGCAACCAUAAUGUGUUGUCUAAUGGAGAAAACAAGGAAUUUAGUUACGUUGGAUUGGCUCAGUCCGUUGGUAUCGCAAUUGAAUCUAUCACCCAAUUUUAUGGUAAAUGGAAAAAGACGAAAGGAAAAAGGUGAUGGGAUUCGAUUGAAACGCUUGGAAAAGCGGAGAUUAUUGCUCAAUGCCAGAAAUAAUUUGACCAAACCAGACGCCAUAUACGUGGGUUCUUUUUUUAUUAUAACAUAGAUACCCCUAACCAAUGUAAUGUAAAGCGGGGACGAUAUAUAUUUUUUGGGCAUAACUUACAAGUUUAUUGUUUCAAUGUAGUUAAUUUUGUUUUUAAUAAUAAAUACAUCUAUUGUUAA